UAAGAACUACGACUACUUCUGAAGGUUGGGUAGGGCCCUGGUGGAAGGCUGGAAUAAAGACUUGCAAUGAAGAUGAGCACUUUUUUGUGGGCGUGUCCGAUGGGAGGUAGUGACAGCAAGUUGUCUCCCAAGGCCGGACUCAACUGCUGUAAAUAAGAUCUUAAUGCGUAUGUGGUUUACUCUGGAUUUCAGUGAGCAGCCACCUUCAGUCUAAUCCUCUUCAAAUCCCAGGGACAGCUUGUCAAUGGGACCAGGGUGAGAGGAAAGUUGGGCAAUGCUUAAGCUAAUGUAGGAAAGGUGCAGGUGAGAAAAUGGCUUGAUCAGUGGCUGAAACCUUUGUGAGGUUAGGGGAAACUGCCGGAGCUUGACCAUGGUACAUAACUGGGUCUCUGCUUCUGGUUAGUGUGUAAUGUCUCUGGUUUUGAAGUAGUCCACUGGGGGGGCAAUGACCACCUUUCCUGUGACUGGUUAUCUGACCCCUGAUGUUAGUUCUGAUAAUAAAUAAAUAAAGAUGUACUCAGAUUAAAUAAUCCCAUUUACAUAAUGAAUAUCUAACUGGCAGGUUGUUUUGACCACCUUCAGUAUAAGCCAGCACCCACUGUGACCCCAGUAAUAAACCUAUAUCACUGCUCUGACUGUUUACGUAACCUAUAAUAUAAGAUUGAAGUAGACUAUUCAGGUGGACAUACUGUAGACUUACAACUCAAUUCACUUCAAUUCAACUUUUAAUUCGUGUUUCACAUAGUUUGUAACAUCCUGCUCUGUGUUAAAUUAUGAUAUAGACAUGAACACAAGAAAUGAUGGGGCAGGUGGAGCUAGGGCACAAAACCCAAUCAGCUUUGGCAAGACAGACAUAAGGGACUGAUGACUGUCUAUUUAUGUCCCUCUUGUUCUCUCUGGUGCUUUAUCCCUCACUGCCUCUGUUAUUUGACACUGAGCUAGUUCUUUUUUUCUUUUUAUUAGGGAUGCAUUUUCAGUCAGUUGAUUUAGUGGUGUGUGAAGUUAAGGUGGCUCAUGCAUUGUUUCUGGAUUAGAAUUCAAUUGCACCUGCCAGUCUUAGUUACAUCAGGUUUAACCCGAACUUUAAUACAAAAAAUGUGCUGUAUUGUCAAGCCAGAGAGCAACAGAGCAGGCACCAUCUGUGCAGGUUAGAUCGGAAAGCUCUGAGACCUCAGUAGCUUCUCCUCUGUGAGGAUGGAUGAAACCGAACUCUGCUUCCCUCAGCUUCUAAAUGCAUCCUGCAGGAGGCCGAAGCGUGCUCACUCUGAGGUGGUCUUUAUUAACUUCCUGCUGUCUUUCAUUUCUGUACUCACUACGGGACUCAACCUGCUGGUUAUCAUCACCAUCUCCCACUACAGGCAGCUUCACACCCCCACCAACCUCCUCCUCCUCUCUCUAGCAGCCGCAGACUUUAUUGUUGGACUUCAGCAGAUGCCAUUUGGAAUUCUGAUCUGGCACGGCUGCUGGUUCCUCAGUGGCUUUGGAUGUGCUCUAAAUUCAUUUUUAGGUUAUGUAACUACUAGUGUUUCUGUGGGGAACAUGUUGCUGAUUUCAGUUGACCGCUACCUGGCCAUCUGUGAGCCAAUGUAUUACCCCACUAAAGUGACUGUAACAGCAGUGAGGCUCUGUGUGUGUCUGUGUUGGAUUCUGUCUGUUAUUUACAGCAGCUGGAUUCUAAGGGACCUCUUCACAAAGCCAGACAGGUAUUUGACCUGUUUUGGAGAGUGUGUAGUUGCCAUUAGUUAUAUUGAAGGAACCGUAGACUUUCUCCUGACGUUUGUGGGUCCCAUAACAGUCAUCAUAGUCCUGUACAUGAGGGUGUUUGUGGUGGCCGUGUCUCAGGCUCGUGCCAUGCGCUCUCAUGUUGUAGCUUUCAAACCUCAGAGUUCAGCAACUGCAAACAAGUCUGAACUGAAAGCUGCCAGAAAUCUAGGUGUGGUAGUAGUUGUUUUCCUCCUGUGCCUCUCACCUUAUUACAUCUGCAGUGUUACCGGUGGGAACAACUUAGACAGCCUUUUUCAGAUCUGGCUGCUGUAUUUUAACUCAUGUCUGAACCCUGUGAUAUACGCUCUGUUCUACCCCUGGUUUAGAAAAGCUAUAAAACACAUUAUCACUCUUCAGAUCCUGCAGCCAGGCUCCUGUGAAGCCAAUCUACUGUAGAGGUACUGUACUAAUAAUUUGGCUUUUGAGGUUAAAUAUUGAUAAUAAUAAAAAACAAAUAAAGUUGAUUGUUUUAGUGGAAGAUGCACAUCCAUAUUCAACCAAGGCUGAACAAACACCCCUAACACUUGACAGCAUAUAUAGCGUAUGUAUAAAAACAUAUUGAUUAGAAUAUCUUAUUAUACAUAAACAGCAGCAUGUGUGAAAAUAAAGCAUUAUUGCUCCAG